UGCCUCUACUCUCAUUGUUCCUACUUACUAUAUGGAGUACUCUCUUAAUUUCUCCAUAUCUAUGGCUUCCUCUAAACUCUCACUCCUACUAUCUUCAAUCAUCUCUAUUUCACUAAUUCAAUCCACAUCCCAACAUCUAUUCCUCCCUCUAACCCACUCACUCUCUACCACAAUUUUCAAAUCACCCCACCACCUUCUACAAUCAACCACCACAAUCUCCACCAAUCGCCACCGUCACCACACCGAAAAACAACUCUCCCUCCCUCUAACUCCCGGCACCGACUACACUCUUACACUCACUCUAAACUCCCAAACCCUCUCUCUCUACAUGGACACCGGAAGCGACGUCGUUUGGUUCCCUUGUUCACCCUUCAAAUGCAUGCUCUGUGAAGGCAAAUACAAACCCGGAUCUCUCUCUCUCCUCAACAUCACCAAAUCAUCUCUCAUCACAUGCAACUCACGUGCCUGCUCUUACGCUCACUCAUCCCUCUCCUCAUCCAAUCUCUGUGCUAUAGCAAAAUGCCCAAUUGAUGAAAUCGAAAUGUCGGCUUGUUCUUCUUAUACUUGUCCUCCAUUUUACUAUGCUUAUGGCGAUGGAAGUUUCAUUGCUCAGCUCCACAAAUUAAACCUACAAAUACCAUCAAAGUCUAAGGAAAACCCAUUAAUUUUAAACAAUUUUACAUUUGGGUGUGCUCAUUCAAGUAUUGGAGAACCCAUUGGAGUUGCUGGGUUUGGUAGAGGUGUUCUUUCUUUACCUGCACAAUUAGCUAAUUUAAAUCCUAAUUUAGGAAACCAAUUUUCUUAUUGUUUAGUUUCUCACUCCUUUGAUUCUACUAAAAUUAGAAACCCAAGUCCCCUCAUAAUCGGAAAAUAUAAAUUAAGAUCAGAUUCUAAUGAAGUUUUUCAUGGGUUUGUGUAUACUCCUCUGUUGGAUAAUCCUAAACAUCCUUACUUUUACUCUGUUGGGUUAGACGCCAUUUCUGUUGGAAGUCAACGCAUCCCUGCGCCUGAGAAUUUGAAGAGCGUUGACCGGGAAGGAAACGGCGGCGUUGUGGUGGAUAGUGGGACUACUUAUACUCUGUUACCAACUGGUUUUUUCAAAUCGGUGGCGGCUGAGUUGGAACGGCGAGUUGGGAAGGUGGUUAAGAGGGAUAGGGAGGCUGAGUUAAGAACCGGGUUGAGUCCGUGUUUUGGUUUGGAAUUGGGUAAACGGAAUUUAGGGUUUAUAGUGCCGAAUUUGGUAUUGCAUUUUGGAGGGAAUAAUUGUAGUGUGGUUCUUCCGAUAAGGAAUUAUUUUUAUGAGUUUAUGGACGGUGGUGAUGGAGUGGAGGAGGGAAGGAAAGUGGGGUGUUUUAUGGUGAUGGACGGUGGUGAUGAUGGUGAAAGUGGGCCCGGUGCUACACUUGGGAAUUAUCAGCAACAGGGUUUUGAGGUGGUUUAUGAUUUGGAACGGCGGCGGGUUGGGUUUGCUCGUAGGAAGUGCGCAACUUUGUGGAAUAAUCUUAACCAGCGGUAACGUGCGCUGGUGGUUGUGAUUGUGAGGAAAAGUUUAUUAUUUAAGGGGUUGACUUUUGUGAUUUGAGUCAAUGGGGUUAAAAGUAUAUAUUGACCACAUCCUUUGGAAGGUCAUGUCCGUUUAGGAUCGUACAAUGAGAAAUGGAGUAUAAUAUUUUUAGGAAAUUGUAGAUAUGUGAUGGUAAAUAAAAAUAAAUAAAUUAUAUGAAUGAAAUUAAAAUAUAAUUAAAAUAUAUUUUUAUAAAUGAGAAAGAGAGUGAUUAGUUGUUGUCUAAAAAUAUAAAUAAUAUAAAAUAAAAAAACAACGCAUAAUUAGAAGAA